UGAAAAUCAUUCAAAUCGUCAUAUGUUGUUACUGAAACAUGAUGGCACCUUUAUUACAAAUGCAGACGAAAUUUGGAAAGAGUGUGUUAAAGAAAUGAUAGAAUUUUGUAAAGAAAAUGAAUUACUUCAAUUAUGGGUUUACUUGUGGAGAGAAUGGUAUUCAAAAGAAAAGUGGAAUUUAUGGGCAAGAGCGGCUAAUAAAAACAUUAGCCAUAUUAAAACUACAAUGAUUGUCACAUUGGCGACAUAUUAAACAUGAUCACUUAUACAAAUUUCACAAGCCCAGAGUUGAUCAUUUAUGUUUUAUUCUUGUUAAAAAAGUAAUCAGCCAACAAUUAUAUCGAAUUCAAUUAUUUCAACAAGGUCGCCAUUCAGUACCAUGGCGGAAAGAGUUUAAAAAAGAAUGGAAGCAACAUGAAAAAAAAACUACACAAUUAAAUGGCAAAUAUUUUACAGAUUCAACAAAAUGGAUAUGUGCAUGUCCUGCAUAUAUUCAAAGCCGUUUUUUUUUUGUGUAAACAUCUAGUUAAUUCUGUUCAAAAAGUUGAUGCAAUAUUCUUCAAAAAAGUAAGUGACAAUUUGACGGCCUGAAUGAAAAAUUAUUUCUUGGGAUAUUGAAAAUCAAGAAUGGAAAGGGUUCCCAUAUAUAAAA